AUGGCGCGUAUAGUCUUUGGAGUGUGUGCAAACACCUCUGCGACACCAGCUGUGAGAGCCUCCCGGGGGGCAUGAGGGCUGGGAACUGACUCCACUCAUCAAUCUUCUGCUCCAUUCCAACGCUCUGAGAAAACCCUGACUUUCCCAGAGCCCCAGGUGCGGCAGGGCUCCGCAAAGGAGGUACCUUUUCCUGUCCCAUCCCAGUCCAAGGGCUCUUGGUUCUGACGACACCAAGAGACUCCAGAGUGAGUGCUAAAGCUCCCAGAGAGGGCAAGAGGUGACCAAGGAGGGCGUUCAGGUUCCUGUCGACUCUCGGGUUGACGUCUUGCCCUCAGCCCCUUUUUGGAGCCGGUCGUCCCGCGCCGCUGGAAACCGCACCUCCCCGCAGGUCAGUCUGUCCGCUGAGCCGCCUUCCAGUGGCCUCCUCAGAUGGGUUCUUGCAGGUCGGGGAUGGGGUGGUAGGCAGUUUAAAGGAAAGCAAGAGUCAUCGCCAGGAUACCUGCAGUGUCCUCCCGAAUUAUAGGAACCGUUACGUGACUGGGGGUGCAGAGGCUAGUGCUGGAUCCAGAGAAAGAGAGAGAAACACGCCCCUUUCUUUCCCUAUCAGAGCUUGGUGUGUGGGAAGAGGUGUCUUUCGCCACUUCUCCAGAGAGCCAGCCCUGUCCCGACCUAUGCAUGCCUCCACUUCACCCAAGGGUUGGACAGCUGGGGAAGGAGCGUGGGAGCCCUCUCCUUUCCCUCCACACUUGGGUAUCACUCCUUUGCUUUUCUGUCCCCAGCAUGGCCACGGGCCUCAGCCCGGACGACCCGCGGCAGCUAAGCGCGCUGUCAGUCCAGCAGUCUACGCUCUUGCUGCUCCUCUCCGUGCUGGCCGCGGUGCACGUGGGUCAGUGGCUGUUGAGGCAGAGGCGGCGGCAGCCCUGGUCCUCGCCCCCGGGCCCAUUCCCGUGGCCACUGAUCGGAAACGCGGCUGCAGUGGGCCGGGCGUCGCACCUGUCGUUCGCGCGCCUAGCGCAGCGCUAUGGCAACGUCUUCCAGAUCCGCUUGGGCAGCUGUCCGGUGGUGGUGCUGAAUGGCGAAAGCGCCAUCCACCAGGCCCUGGUGCAGCAGGGUGCCACCUUUGCUGACCGGCCGCCCUUUGCGUCCUUUCGCGUGGUGUCGGGCGGCGGCAGCUUGGCUUUCGGCCGUUACUCAGAGCAGUGGAAGGCUCAGCGGCGCGCGGCGUAUAGCAUAAUGCGCGCCUUUUCCACGCGCCAGCCGCGCAGCAGACUCAUCCUGGAGGGCCACGUGCUGGGCGAGGCACGCGAGUUGGUGGCACUACUGGUGCGCGGCAGCGCUGGAGGCACCUUCCUCGACCCCACGCAGCCCAUCAUCGUGGCAGUGGCCAACGUCAUGAGUGCCGUGUGCUUCGGCUGCCGCUACAGUCACGAUGAUGCUGAGUUCCUCGAGCUGCUCAGCCACAACGAGGAGUUCGGGCGCACGGUGGGUGCGGGCAGCUUGGUGGACGUGAUGCCCUGGCUGCAGCUCUUUCCUAACCCGCUGCGCACCACCUUCCGCGAGUUCGAGCAGCUCAACCGCAACUUCAGCAACUUUGUCCUGGAUAAGUUCCGGAGGCACCGCGAACGUCUUCAGCCUGGUUCCACUCCUCGCGAUAUGAUGGACGCCUUCAUCCUGUCCUCAGAAAAGAAGGCACCUGAGGACUCAGGAGACCGUCUCGCGCGGCUAGACUUGGAAAAAGUGCCGGCCACUGUCACCGACAUCUUUGGCGCCAGCCAGGACACCCUCUCCACCGCGUUACUGUGGCUGCUCAUUCUCUUCACUAGGUAUCCUGACGUGCAGGCUCGCGUGCAGGCCGAACUGGAUCAGGUGGUGGGGAGGAACCGCCUACCCUGUAUGGGUGACCAGCCUAACUUGCCCUACGUUAUGGCUUUUCUCUACGAAACCAUGCGAUUCUCCAGCUUCCUGCCUGUCACCAUUCCGCAUGCCACCACUGCCAACACUUUCGUUUUGGGUUACUACAUCCCUAAGAACACGGUGAUUUUUGUAAACCAGUGGUCUGUGAAUCAUGACCCGGAGAAGUGGCCUAACCCGGAGGACUUUGAUCCAGCCCGAUUCUUGGACAAAGACGGCUUCAUUAACAAGGAGCUGGCCAGCAGCGUGAUGAUUUUUUCAGUGGGCAAACGGCGUUGCAUCGGCGAAGAGCUGUCUAAGAUGCUGCUGUUUCUCUUCAUCUCCAUCCUAGCUCACCAGUGCGAUUUCAAGGCCGACCAAACCGAGCCCUCGAAAAUGAGCUUCAGUUAUGGCCUGACCAUUAAACCCAAGUCCUUUAAAAUUCACGUCGCCCUUAGAGAGUCCAUGGAGCUCCUUGAUAGUACGGUCCAAAAGCUGCAAGCUGAGGAAGCUGCCCAGUGAGAAGCCAGAAAGCAAGCUGAAAUUGAAGUCUUGCGGGGGAUGGGGAGGGAAAUUUAGUGUGUGUUUGUUUGUUUUGAUUUCCCCCUAGCUCCCCUUUGGUGCCAUCUUAUGCCCUAAGAUGUGUAUAAACCAAGGAUCCUGCAGGUGAGAAGAGUUCCACACUGAGUAGCUCCUUCUGAGGCGCAGGAGCUCGGGGAAAUAUUUUUUGAAUCAUAGAGUCACAGGGCCCAAGGAAUUUUUUUUUAUAUAUACUGGGUCAUGGUAAUAAUAAUUUCUUAAAGGAGUAUCCUUUGGCGUUAACAAGUACACACACACACACACACACACACACACACACAACUAUCUAGUGAAGUAUUUCAGCAAUUGUGUCUUUUUAGUGGAUCAAGAUUGAGCCUUUAUGUACAGAAAUCAUUUUCAUAGAAAACUGUACUAAGCAAAAUUUCAGGAUAUAUUGAAGAUGCAAAGGCAAGUAAUUUCAAUGUAAGGUAUAUAACUGAGGGUGAUAAGGGAAAAUAUAAAGACCAGAAAUUCUCUUAUAACCUUUUUCAAAAUAGCUUAGAUUGACUGUAGUACUUCUAGGUAGAUUUAACUUUUGCUUUAUUGAUGUGCUUCCCUACUUUAGGAUGAAACAUAAAGUCAGUUGCUUAAAAAGAAAUUAAUUAUUGUAUUGGGUUUCAGAGAUUUAUCAUGAGAUUUAAAGUGUAAAUUAUUUAACUGCAAAAUUCCAAGCUGAAGUUGUACCUCUCUCUUGGUUGCCAAGGUACAGUAUUUGGAUUAUGAAGAAAAAAUUAAUAUUCAUCAUUCCAGCUAAACUUUCAAUUAUAUGAUUGUAAUGUAUUGAUGUCAGCAAGUCGUAUAAGCUAAAAAAAAUGCCGCCAAAUAGUAUUUAGCAUAUAUAUGUACAUAUAUAUACACACAUGUUACAUAAUCAUUCACAAGCAGUAUGUUAAUAUUAAUUAUUUUGAUUAUGAAAAGGUCAAAUAAUGUGUCCCAUAUAAUUGCAAUCAAAAAGUACAGUUCAACAAGUUGUUGUUUCAGUACAUUAAAUAAACCUGAUUAAAUCAACCACCUAUUUUUUUGACAUGAAAACCAAGUCAAAGCAAGAUUUCUUUUCUAAUCCAAGUUUUGGACAAUGGUCACAUCUCAAAAUUAGGUCAGUAAGAUGUGUUCUUAUUUUAUUACUUUUUAUUAAAAUUGUAUUCAUAAGAGUUUCUCCUUUUGAAACUGAUGCAGUUAAUAUGUUGAAAUUCCAAACUCUUGGCAUGCUUAAAUUUUAAUUUAAUUUAAAGUCUUUUCUGAUUAUUGAGUUCCAGUUGAAGCUACUACGAAUCUGACCCUUCUCUGUGGAAAGUGAGACAAUCUAACGUUUCUCUGCUAGAAGGAGAGUGAAAAUACCAUGAAUUAUCUGAAUGUUCUCUUUCUUAGAUAACAAGGGGGAAACUCCCAUUACAACUGAUUAGUUUCUCUUUUAAGUGAUUAAGCAGUUUAGGAUUUAUAUUUGUUUUUUAAAACAUCAGUAUCAGGAUUGGCCUCUUGGGAGGCUGUUUUGAGAGGGGCACUCUAAGACAGAGGAGCUGAUCACAUCAGUUGUGUUAUUUGGAAAAGCAACCCUGGGAGAAAUUGCUUUGGGAACUGAAAAAGAAGGAAACUUGAACAAAAUGUAUGGGUUAUGAAAAUAACCUGAAAACCCUUAAAAAGGGAUGGAAAGAGUACAAAAGUACACAGGAGCUUCACAUUUUUAUUUUCAUUGCAAUUGAACUUCCAAAACAAGUUUUACAGAAUCCUAAGAGCUUACUGUUUGCUCUAUUUUAUUAAGCAUUUUUUUAGAAUUUUUAAAUCAAAAUGACAAAGGAAGGAGUGUAGGUGGUUGAAUAUGUGGGUGGUCAGAAGACAGAGAGAAAGAAAAGGAAGAAAGAUGGCUAAGCAUUUCCCCACCCAUUCCAAAUUAAUUUAACUGAAGCACAAAUUUGAAGUCUGAACAUUUAGAAAAAAAAGAUGAAAAAGAUGUUUGGUGUGCCAGCAUUUUUUUUGGCAGAUUUUUUUUUUUUAAAUCUAUGCUAUAGCAGAUCUAUUUUGUAGUUUGGAAUAUUGUAUUAAUAUGAACUUUUAUUUUAAAAUUUCAUAAUUAUACUUCUUGAAGAUGAAAAGUUGUGCCAGUAUUUUCAAUUAAAGAAAUUAGACUUACCCAAUAUACUUAGGUUUUUAGGCACUGACUAUUCCAAAAGUUAUGCCCCAGAAGGGCUGAGACAAUAACUUUGGGUUCCUGCAGCCUAUUUAUUUUGAGAGAUGUGUAAUAGCAAAAAUAUUCAUGUACCGAUCUGGAUGCCUUAUUAUCAACCAGGUCCAGAUGUGCUAUAACCUGCUUUUAUGUAUUGAGCUCAGUUGUCCCCAGAUGCUUCUGGCAAAGGGAAAGCUGUGCUUAUAUGAGAGAAAAGUGGGUGCUUGGAGGUUACCUGCCUUAUUUAGUUUGUCUAUAAUCUAGUUAAAGGAAGGAAAAUAAAACCAAAAAUGAACGAAAAUAACCAAAUUUGGAGGCUAUGGUAAUCAGAUUACUGGCUUAAUCAGAAAACCUCAUUUUAUUUCAGCCAGCGUUAGACUGUUAUUUGCUGAUCACCAUUAAAGUCAGAACACCUAAUUCAGGUUAUCACAAUAGUUAUAGUAUAUUGUUUAUUAAAUGCCUCAUUUACAUAUUAAAGCUUUGACUAUGUAAGAAAUAUUUUUUUUCCAAAAUAAAAAGAUGUCUCAGGUGUGUUUUGUGUAUUAUCUAAAAGCUUUCACGUCCCAGAACUUAGCCUUUACCUGUGAAAUGUUACCACACCCUUAGUAUUUUCAUAGUAGAUCUAUAUUAGAUCAAAUAGUUGCAUUGCAGGAUAUAUUAAUUUGUAUGUUUUCAACUGUGACACAACUGUGAGAUAGAAAGGUAUACUUUAGUGAUGAUUGUAACUCAAGAACAACUCCUUAUUUAACCUUUUCAUAUUUUUGUAUGCUUUUAGUGUAUACACAGCAGAUAUGGCACCUAGGUGUAACCAAAAUAGAUUCUGGGGAUGUAGCAUGAAUAUAUAGCUUUUACAGUUUGAUAUACCAAAUUUUUAAAACACUAUAUUUGUGAUUAUCUAUAAUGGGACACUAUUACCAAAAUAAUAAAAAUCACUUUCAAAAUCUUAUGAAAUUUCAUUUUAUGUUGUAACAAAUAUAGUUUAAUGCAUCCAUUUAUUUCUACUAUUACUAUAUAUCCUUGAAUAAAAUA